CUACCCAAAGAAACCAUACAGACCAGACUAGGGCUUUUUCAUUUCCUCCUCUGUGUGGUUCCGCCUGCAGCUUCCGGUUCCGGGAAGGGGCAGAGUUUUCUUCGAAGAUUAGGGGCUUCGCUGCACAGCCAGGAUGGCUGUGGUAUCGCUACUGUUAUUCGGGGGUUUGUGGAGUGCUGUGGGAGCGUCCAAUCUGGCUGUCGUUACAUGUGGUUCUGUGGUGAAGCUACUCAAUACGCGCCAUAACGUGCGACUGCACUCUCACGACGUGCGCUAUGGGUCAGGCAGUGGGCAGCAGUCAGUGACAGGUGUAACCUCUGUGGAUGACAGCAAUAGUUACUGGAGGAUACGGGGGAAGACAGCCACAGUGUGUGAGAGGGGAACCCCUGUCAGAUGUGGCCAGCCCAUCCGGUUGACACAUGUCAACACUGGCCGAAACCUCCAUAGUCACCAUUUCACCUCACCUCUUUCUGGAAACCAGGAAGUGAGUGCUUUUGGUGAAGAAGGUGAAGGCGACUAUCUUGAUGACUGGACAGUGCUCUGUAAUGGGCCCUACUGGGUGAGGGAUGGUGAGGUGCGUUUCAAGCAUUCUUCCACCGAGGUUCUGCUGUCUGUUACAGGAGAACAAUAUGGUCGACCUAUCAGUGGGCAAAAAGAGGUACAUGGCAUGGCCCAGCCAAGCCAGAACAACUAUUGGAAAGCCAUGGAAGGCAUCUUCAUGAAGCCCAGUGAGUUGUUGAAGGCAGAAGCUCACCAUGCUGAGCUAUGAGUCUAGAGGCUGUAAGCUACUGUCACCACACAGUGUUCAUAGACAUCUGCUGCUGCUUCGGCCUGGGAUCCCUGCCACAGGUUCCCUGGGCAUUGGCCGUGUCACCACUGAGAUGAAGAUGCAUGACAGAAGACAGUGGCUGUGUUUGGAAGCUUCAGCCUGUCACACUUGAAUUGGUUGUUUUCCCAGACUUGGGUCAGUUCUUUCUGAUACAAGACUUGUUGGUGAAGGAGUAGAAGCUUUUUAUUCAUAUUGAUGAGACAGAAACUGAGGAAGACAUCCCUCCUAGCUAGAAAAUUUUUGCUCUUCAGAAGCUUGGCAUCAUGGAUUAUUAAUAUGUAUGACGUUUUCCCUGCUUUCUUUCUCCAAAAUGAUAAAAAAAAAAAAAAAAUUGUUAGUCACUAUGUUGUCAUUUAUUUGAUGUGCUAGUUCAAGGUCUGAUUAAUCCUUGAGUCCUGAGAGUCAUUGCUAUCAUUCUUUUGAGAUGCUGGGAACCUUUAGUGUGGGUCAUUUCGACAGCCUUACUUGCAUCCAAUUUUUUUCUCUCUUUGCUUUCACUUCUCUCCCAUCUUUACUAAUUACGGCUAAAGACUCUCAAAAAAUACAGCUUAAUAAAUAGCCAAUGAAAUGUU